AUGCCUGCCCCUCCCCACGAGAACGUGGUGAUAGUGGCCCGUGGCAGCUGCGGAUUGCUCUGCUCGGAUGCCGGCGCGCCGGCUGGGGAUCACGGAGCGCCGCGCGCAGCCGUGCCGCGCUGCUGGCACCUCGUUGAGGCCGACCCCAGCCUCGCGCCCAGCUUGCCAUGGCACAAGCAGCCACCAGUCCGGCGCCAGGCGCCGCUGGCGGCGAUCACAGUCACCCAGAACGGCUGGUGGCCCUGCAAGGACCGCGUCGGCGGCGGCGCCGCCGCGGGCCCCAGCAAUGGCUGCAGUGACACCCCGAGUGGAGCUUUGACCUCUAGCAGCUGUGGAAGCAGCGAACGUGGCAGGCCGUGGUGGCGGCGGCGAACAGUUCCUGAAGAGGGGCGGCGACAGCAGCAGCCAGUAAAUUGUUGGAGUCAGCAGCAGCAGCAGCAGCCGCAACAGCAGCACCCCCAGCAGCAACUGCGGCGUCCAAAGCAGCGCCAGAGAGCGCAGCACGAUCAGGAGCAGUCGCAGCACUGGCAGCGGCCAGCAAAGCAAAAGCAGCGGCACAAGCAGCAGCCACAGCAGCAGGGCAGCCCGCCCGCGGCCACCGCCCUGGCAUCUAGCGCGCUCGCGAUGGACGCGCUCUCGCCCCGCGCGCCCAAGGCGCUGCACACGGUGGUGCUCGAGCAUCUCGAGCACGGGAAGCUUCUCGUGGCGGGCGCCAUGUCAGCUGUCGUGUCGCGCACCGCGGUCGCGCCGCUGGAGCGGGUGAAGAUGGACCAGCUGCUGAGGACGGGUGGGUCGUCGGCGCUGGAGACGGCGCGCAGGGUGUACAGCCGAGAGGGGAUCAGGGGCUUCUGGAAGGGCAAUGCGCUCAACGUGGCACGCACUGCGCCCUUCAAGGCGCUCAAUUUCUUUUCGUUCGACAUGUACAGCCGCGCGCUCAGCCGGCACCUGGGCCAGGACGUGGGCAACCUGCGCUUCCUAGCCGGCGCGGCGGCGGGUGGCUGGACAGCAAACCAGGGCGGUUUUCGACGCCUGUGGCAGCUUUGA